ACGGCAAGCCCCGCCCUCCGCGCCAGUGGCGGCACUGGGCGCCGCUGUUGCUACGGCCUCAGCCUCUUCCCGAAGGCGGGAGGCGGGCUUUUCUCCUGCUCGUCUCUGAGCUUGCGGCAGCAACAGCGGCAGCCUCCGCUUCCUGGUCGGUCACCUGAGGAGCAGGAAGGAGCCCCGGUGGCCCCGCUCUCCUGCCUCGGUUCCUGGGCCGCCGCCGCCGCCAUGGCGUCGCUCUUCAAGAAGAAGACGGUGGACGGUGAGUGACGGGCGAAGGAAAUCUCGUGCUGUGGUGGGGCGGGGGGGUCCUUUUUCCUUCCUUGGGGGUGGGGAGCCCUCCCCCCUAUUCGCCCUCUGACGACACCGCACCCUAGCAAACGGGGGGGGGGAUUUCCCUUCGCCCCAAGGCUCCCCCCGCCCCUUUGGAGAGGUAUUUCCCGAUACUUCAGGGAGUGCUCGCCCCUGUGGGCUCCUCGCUUCGCCCCUGAGCUGAGGAGAUCCAGCCUAGUUUGCCCCUAGAAUAUGACUUCGCCUCCCCCCAUAGAAGUCUUCCUCCCUCUCCUUUCUGAUUGCCCUAUAGCUGUCGUGGUGCCUCCUGCGCUGCGUUCUUUGCCCUUUGCCUUAAAUGGACCAUCAGGCUUGAAUUUUAAUAAUACAAAUAAGAAAUAAUGAUGCAGCUCAGAAUGUAGGCUUGGGCACAAUCCGUGUGUGUUGUUGGGUGGCAGUGGUGGUUGUUUGUGCAUUGAGAGAGAGAGGGAGAGAGAGAACAUGCAUGACUCAUCUCCUGAUCAUGUGUGGAAGUGUUGCGUACAAUGUUAAUAAGCACAGCACACACAAAAACACCUUGUGGAACUGCCAGCACCAGGUUAUUGAGGGAUUGUGGCUGUGAGCACAUGCACGCUUACCUGGGAGUAAGCCAUGUUGAACACACAGUGGAGAUUGCACUGCUCAAAUGGAGAAAGAGCUACUGCAGAGAAUGCCUUAGAAGUAGGGCAAGGUUCUUAAGAACGGGGUUUUUUUGCAGUAAUUUUGAGAAAUUGUUACAAUAGAUGACUACAUGUAGCCACCUAUUUAUUUAGUAAAUAAAUACUUUGUGUCGGAUUAUUGUUUUUGUUGGUUACUCUGUUAUGUAUUUUUGUGUUUUUAUUCUGCCCUGUGACCCUUGGAUGAAGGGCAGUAUAGGAAUGUAAUAAAAAUAAAUAAUUAUCUGUAUUAUCUGUAUCAAUUUCAAUAGCCCUAAAAAAACCCCAAGGAAACAAGAUGCAUUGUUUUAUUAAAACAAGAGCAUUCUUUCCUAUCAGGAACUGCCAGGGUUCUUCAGUGUUGCCAGAGAGCUGUUUCCUUGAUGUAACAAAAGCUCUUAGUGUCCUCUUCAAAAUGAUGCCCUUUAUUACUAUUGCUGCAGUACUGGUUGAUAUUAAAAAGUGUUCCUUCAAUAUUUCCUAGGGAUUAUAUUUGUGUGGUGUGUGUAGACAAAAAUUCCACCUACUGCUGAUUUCUAAAGAAGUAUGAGUUAAGUCUUCCUUGGUUUAGAGAAAGACACUUCAAAGGAAUGCUUUGAAUUACAUUGAAGCAUUUGGCAUAUUUGGGAGGGAAAGAGCAUAUUUUGUGACUAUUGCAGCAUAAUGUUGUGUGAUCAUUGCUGCUAAGUGAAUUUUCUGUAUGUGUCAUGCACUAUUACGUAUCUCCCACCUCUGUAUUUUACUGUUGGCUAUGUCAUCCAUUCAUGAGUCAAAACAUGGACACUCAUUUUCUUUAGAACUGGGUUCUCAAGAAAAGGUGACAUUUUUAUUUAUCUUAUAUGUAUAUUGUUUUACAACCAUAAUGGUUAUCAAAGUGGUUCACAAUAUUAAAAUUAGACCUAUAGUUGGAUGAUAGUGCUACCCCAAUGACAAAUCUGAAAUACCAGGUAAUGGUCAUGUGGCUUCUGGUUCUUCCCUGAAAGGUGUUGAUGGCUGGGAGGAGGGCAUAUAUUCUUCAGAGUCCUCUCCUGUUCCUCCUGUUUGUACAUCUCUGAGCAGAUAAGAUGAACGACUCCCAGCACUCAGAACUCUCACAGUCAUUAGCUCUUGAAGGCACUGAGUAGUCUAGUGAGAUAUAAAAUUUUUAUCCCCAGUCCUGCCAGCUUUGCUGCCUCACUGUAUUACUACUCAGUAAUUGCAGUGCAUCAAACAUAAAUUUAGUAUUUUCUAUAACUUGCCUGGUAAAGAGUUUGAGUACAAAAUUUGAUGGCACAGCUGGCUUUCUCAGCUUUACACUGAUAUAAAUUUGAAGGAGUUGCUUCUUUUGUGAAGCCUUUUGUCACACAGGACUGCUAUAGGGUGAAUAGAUAACGAGGUUACCAUAUGGUUUGGUUUUCUAUCACACGACCACUUGAUAAUCUAUUACUACAAAUGUGGUAUAAUGUCUUUUCUGUCACUUAUUUUCAUGUGUGGUGAAUAUAUCUGGUAGUAAAGCUAUUCCAUAUUUAUUAAUUGAAAUAAUUUAUUUUCUGCCUUUGUUGUGGUCAUAGCCGAGUGCAGUAACAAACAAAACACCCUGCCCCAAAUAAACCACCCCAUUAAAAGCAGAAAAACAGUAGUGAUUAAAGCUGAACAAUUGAACUGGACUCAAUGGAAGAUAUAUGUUCUGCUCCACUUCUGGAAGGCCAAUGAGGUGUAGCACUAUGGUUCUCAGUGGGGAGUUCAUUGUAAAGAGCAGGGCUCAUGGGAAGGGCCAUGGCUUGGGUAGAUAGCAACCCUUGCAUUCAAAGAUCUUGUUCAAUCCCUACAUCUCCAAGUAGGCCUGGGAGAGACCAUGGAGAGCUACUGUUAGACAGUGCAGAUAGCACUGAGCUAGAUACCAAUAAUAGCGUAAGUCAGCUUCCUACUUGUGGUAGAGGUUCCUACCUGAAACCUCAAGGUUCAACCUUUAAGGAAGAAAACAUAAAAAGUAUAAGCUGAGACAAAAACUUGUAAGUGUGAGUGCAUGGUCAUAAGGAUUGGAAAGUUGGCAUUCUUUGACAAAUUCAGAAGUAAAUAUAUAGUUUCAGACUCUCAGUAUUUAUACCCUGGAAGCUGCUCUGUCUCUGGUAUCCUUUUGUUUAAUCAGAGUUAGCCAGCAUAGUGUCUUCCAAAUGUUGAACUACAACUCCAGUUAUCCCAAGCCAACAUGUUUAAUAGGGAUAAUGGGCAUCUAGAGGGCACUAGAUUUACUGUCUGAUGUAAGCAGAUAGGUGCCACCUCCUUACCUCUGAUCUGUGAAGAGGUGCUUUUGAGUAAAUAACAAGGAACUUAAAUUUUUGCAUUAUCACGGGAUAUUGAAUGAAAAGUUUUGUCGGUGUAAACACAUUUAGUGUUUUUGUGUGACAGCCAUUUUGUAGACCCAUUCAUUAGGAUUGACUUUCAUCUGGCCAUCGUUACCACGAGGUCAUCUAGAUGUAAAGCUGCAUCUAGAAUAGUCCCAACCUGUAAACUUCAUUUAAUCCCUAUUCCAGAUUUUUAUCUCUCCCCCCACCCCUUCCCCCACCAAGAGUACAUUUGUUUUGUCUGGUUUGAGCCUCAGUUUGUUACCCCUCAUCACCUGCUGCUGAUUCCUGGUGCUGGUUCAGAAUACUAUCCACUUGAUUAGUUCCCUAUCCCAAUAUUGCCCAGUUAUUCAACAGGAUCACUGACUGGAGCAACAGAAAACUUUCCCAGGGCAGUCAGGAAACUAUUUGAGCCCAUUUUGUUUUGAAGGAAGAUCUUCUGUAACACAACACCCCCAUACCUGCAUCAGGAGUCCUGCAAAUCUAAAACUUAAAAUGUUUUUUGACAACCCCCAGUACCCAGAUCACAUUCUCUUAUCCAAAACAAAACAAAACCAAAAAAACCCAAAAACAAACAAACCCAAGUUCAGGGUAAUUCUUAGAGUUGUCAACUGAGACUUCUCAUGUUCCCAUAAUUUUGACUCUUAAGUAUGAAUUUCAAUCCAAAUCAAGCCCAAUUGUACAGUACAGUGGUACCUUGGUUUAAGAACAGCUUAGUUUAUGAACAACUUGGAUUAAGAACGCUGCAAACCCAGAAGUAGGUGUUUUGGUUUGUGAACUUUGCCUUGGAAGCAGAACAUGAUCUGCUUCCUUUUGAGUGUGUUCCAUUUGUAAAUUGAGUCCCCCACUGCUAUGGGAAAGCAUGCCUUGGUUUAAGAACAGACUUCCAGAACAGAUUAAGUUCAUAAACCAAGGUAUCACUGUACAAACUUCUUCAUGCAACACUCUUGAUUUUUCCCUAUGAUAAUCAUUCCAUUGUAUUUAGUACUUACAUGAGACUAAUUGUGUAUAAGUUAAUAAGGGCAGUAUAGAUGCCUCAACAUAUAUGAAAAUGUUUCCUGCCAGGACUUCUUAAUGCUGAAAUCAUGUCUUGGAACUGUAUCUAGGAAAGAAGAGUCUUUGAAGAAAGGAUUAAUGUAAAAUAAAUCUAUGGCUGCAGUUCAUGCUUUAUUCAUUUUUGACAGUCUGUAUUGUGGGAAGCAACAGCAACAAAAUCCUAUCAUUAUUGUUAGAUGGUUUUUUUAGAUUGUGAAAGCAAGAUGGAAACUUACUUUUGGGGAUGCUUCAUUUUCAAAAGAAAUGGGAUUUUUAAUAGAAUAAGACAAGUCAUCUUUGUAAAAGCGCGGGGGUGGGGGGUUGACUCUCUUCUGAACAACUCCAAAUAAAUUAUUUUGACUUUAUUGUGUGCUACUUUGAAAUGGCCUCAGGCAUAAAACCCCCCACAAAACAUACUUUUUUAUUAUGAAGAAAUAGAUAAAUGUAAUCCUUGACUGGCAGUCCAAUAAUUUAAAAACUUCAUUCCCCUCUAGAAGCCAUAGCCACUAGUUCAUGGGAAUGUCACUUGCUUCUCUUUGAGUAAAAGAGGAUAAACACUCCCAGCCUGCAAAGUGUCAUAUCUUUGUGGUCUAAAAAGACUUUUAGAAAGUCAUUACAAGUAUUCUCAUCUGAUAAAACACAACUUCUCAAUUUAUAGCUAAGGGAACAACCCUCUUAUCGAAAUGAGAAUUCCAACUCUGUUUGCAAAUAGUAUUUCAAUACCAAUAUAUAUACUUACAAAGUAGGCCACUGAAAGCUUGAAUGUUAUGAUUCCAUAAGGUUCAGAUUCUUGCACUCUUUCUAUGUGGAAGAAAGUGCUGGUUUAUUAAAAGGCUAGAAAAUAUUUGUGCUGCAGGUGGUAUUUUGUUUAUGGUGUGUUACAAUUUCUUUGAUAGGGAAAUUAAAGGGAAAUUUUCCCCCAAAAAAUUGUGAUGUGGAAAGCACACUUUCUAUAACAUCAGAAGGAUAGAAAAAUGAGAACAAUCAAGUGCUGAUACUUGGGCACAGAAGAUGGGUUUAUCUCUAGUCUAUUUAUACUGCAUUGAGACAGUAGCAGUUUUCUUAAGUUGAUAUAUAACUUAUUUAAUAAUGUAUCUGGCUAUGAUUAUAUGUACAGUGAACAUCUUUGAAAUAGGAAAAAAUGCAAUAAUGGAGAUAACAAAUAAUACCAACAGUAUGAAUUUAUGUUCAAGCAAUAAUGAUAGUGUCAAAAUAGUAACGUAGUAGGUUGAAUCCAAAGGUGCCUUUCCUCCAAGGCAUACAUAAUUCAAAUAUAAAAUUCCUCAGGGUUGGAUCCAGAGGAAGCCUCUGCUUUCCUGUGGAUUCAAAACAGUAUGGCUGUUUUUUUAAAUUACGUGUACAGAAAAUGUGUGAUAUCAUUUGGAGUUUGUGUGUUCACAGAAAUCAAACUGCUAAGCCCUUUUUAACUUUGCCAAGCUUUUCGUGUGGGUUAAGUUUUAUCUCCCUGUUUCUUUGGUGAAUGCUUUCAUAUUAAUUAUCCACAGGGAGAAUGAAUUGGUUUUAUUGUGGUUUUAUGCAUUUUGUGGUGAAAACAUUGUAAGCUUUUUUCAGUCUUUAUAAAAUAAAGAUGGGGCAUUCAUGUUUGAGUCAUAUUCACAACUUCAGUCUCAGGUGACCCAAUGACCCAUGUGCAUUAAAUGGAAGGCCUGCAUAGCAGCUGUGUGUGUAUAACACUCUCCUUCUGACUGAGACCCUAAAAAAGCAGGAUACCCAAUCAUGUGAAACAACCCUUUUAGGAGGAUUUUAAACACAUAUUGUCUGUGCAGGCCUUCAAAUGGACACAAGUAGGUUGUGGAGUCAGGACAGCAUAUGAUUCUGUUCCCCAUAUGUAAUUGGUUACCUGCAACUGAAGACUAUAGUAUUUCUAUCAAGUACAGUCAUACCUUGGGUUGAAGUAGCUUCGGGAUAAGUAUUUUCAGGUGGCACGCUGCGGCGACCUGGAAGUAGCGCAGCGUGUUACUUCUGGGUUUCGCCGCUCGCGCAUGUGCAGACGAUCAAAAUGACGUCACGCGCAUGCGCGAAAGCGGUCAAUCGCGACCCGCAGACGUGGGUUGCAUUCACAUCUGGAUGUGAAAGGGGCUCCAAAACGGAUCCCAUUUGCAUCCAGAGGUACCACUGUAUUAUCUUAUCUGCCCUUUACAGUAAGGUCCCAGGUAAUAUACAAUUAUAAAACAAGUACAACUAUUCCAAAUGGAACAAACACCAGAAACUGAAUAAAAGAGGUGGGUCCCACUAAACGAAAUACCUUAAUUGUCAAAAGGCUAGGGUAAAGAGGUUGCAUUCAAAGGUUCAGCAUAAGCAGUACAAUGAAAAUGCUAGAUGCACUUCUGUGAAGUGAGAGUUGCACAAAUGAGGGACUGCCACAGAGAAUGCAGUCUUCUGGGCCUCCAUCCCUCACACUAUUCUAGUAGUCUGUUUUCUAGUUAUUCCAGUAGUCUAUUUUUGAGACAUCAGUGAUACUGCUAUUAGGAAUGAAACACCUUUCACCUAAAACUUAUGUUUUCACCAUGCAUGUCUUCACCAUACUUCCUUAUCUAUUAUACUAACUGUAAAUAUUUUGUUUCUUAGAUAUAAUUAAAGAACAAAAUAAGGAGCUAAGAGGCACGCAGAGGGCAAUAGUAAGAGAUCGAGUAGCUUUGGAGAGACAGGAAAAGCAACUGGUAAGUAACUGGAGAAUCUUAGUUCAUCUUUCACAAUCAGUGCCCAAACUGGUUAUGGUAAAUGAUAGCUUGUCCAUUUCCUUAACACCAUUUUCCGCCUGUACUCCUAGCUUUUAAUUUUGGAAACAUUGUAUUUUUUUCUUUAGAUAGCUUUCUUGCAUGUCUAAUAGGAAUUUAUUUGGAAAAAAUCACCUUUUACUCAUUAAACUAUCGUAGUAUUUAUGCUGGAAGAUAAAAAGUGAAUACAAACUAAAAAAAAAGUUUUCAUUUUAAUAAAUAGGAAUUGGAAAUAAAGAAAAUGGCUAAAACUGGAAACAAAGAAGCCUGUAAGGUUCUAGCAAAACAGCUUGUGCAACUGCGAAAACAGAAAACUCGAACCUAUGCUGUUAGUUCAAAAGUUACAUCCAUGUCAACACAAACAAAACUGAUGAACUCACAGAUGAAAAUGGCAGGAGCAAUGUCAACAACAGCAAAGGUAAGCAAUCAAACAAGUAUCCCAAAUAUUGUUCAUAGGAUUCUGGUUUUAAUUUACAGAAAUCUGUGUUUCAGCUGUGGUUUAUCAUGAUGGGAACAAAUCUAGGCUUGUGCAUUUCCCCCUCCUCUGGCACUGCAGUAAGUGGGAGAUGAGAAACUUUCACUUAUGUUUUUAAUUACCUGCAGUUUAGCAUUAUCCUCUGAAAUUUAAUCUCAGCUAUGGCUUGUUGAAGCAAGCCAAGGUCAUAAACCCUGGUCAGAGUUGUCUUGUUUUAAACAAACUAUGUAAGAUUAACCACAAUUUGCUGGGUUUCGACAACAACAAGUUGCAGUUAAAUGGGGUGUGUGUGAAAGCUUCUAAAUUCUGUCUUGUAGCUUCACUUGAGGGGGGUUCAUGUCAGCCUAGGAUUGUUCCUGUUGAGAUAAACCACAAUCUAUUGUGAUGUCUAAAACAUAGCAGCAUUUUCACCAGUAAUAUACUUCUGAGUGAAGCCGACAUCACGGUCUGCUCCUCAUACUGGUCCUGGGUGAUAUAUUGAUAUAUCACCCAGGCCUACUACCUGCCCUUCAUCAGCAGGUCCCAGGUUGAGUUACAACAAGUACUCUGCAAAAAUCUGACAAUAAAGUACAGUGGUACUUUGAGUUACAAACGCCUCAGGUUACAAACUCCGCUAACCUGGAAGAGUUACCUCAAGCUGAGAACUUUGCCCCAGGAUGGGAAUGGCAAUCGUGUGCCGGUGGUGCAGUGGCAGCAAGAGGCCCCAUUAGCGAAAGCACGCCUCUAGUUAAGAACAGUUUCAGGUUAAGAACGGACCUCCUGAACGAAUAAAGUUCAUAACUAGAGGUACCACUGUAGUCUGCAAUUUAUGAUGAAAAUAGUCAAGGCUUUUAUAGAGUAUGCAUGUCUAAAGAAGCUAAACUGAUUAGCUGGCAAAUACCUCACAAAAGAAAAAAGGUCAAUAUGUGACACGCUGAAGGCAUUUGUACUACCAUGUAAAUUAAAUGUUUAGGGAGUCUUUUGCCUGUGGCUCCUAUCCUGACCCAAUCCCUCACUGUCAUUUUGCAGCUGGGUAAGCACACUGUAGUGCUAUAUUGAGUUGUGUAUGUAUGGAAGCAGUGUUAUGAGUAGUAAAGUGGAUGACUAAGCUUACGGAUGUUCUGUUUUGACUCAUGCUGAUCCAAGAGCUUUUGCUCCCCCAGCUGAGCUGUCAGUCUCUAAAUUGCUUGUUUGUAUUUAUAUGGAUUCACAGACUCGUGCAGAAUAUUGGCACAUAUGCAUCCCAUAGCUCAUAUGAGGAAUUAGGGCAGAGUACACAGGGAUGUUUCAUUUUAGCUUUGCAAAUUCACAUUGUGAUUACAGCCUGAUAUUCUAGUGAGAGAGCGACUUGUAUGUGAAAUCACUUAGUGAAAAUUUGUGACUAAGCAAUGGUCCUUCUGCUGCUUCUAAAGGAAUUUGGAAGCAAUUUAGAACUUCAAAUAGAAGGUAAAUUUCUCUUUUUUGUAUAUUUUGGUAUCUUAGAUAUUUAUGUAGUUAUGAACUUACAGAAAAAUAUUACUAAAAGUACAAAUAAACAGUUAAUUUUUCAUUUUUGGCACAAUAUUUUAAGUUCAAGUGACAAUUUAGGAGUAAGGAUGUCUGUGGCAAAACCUUUAUUAUCAUCAUCUGCAGUGCUUUUUUCUGGGGGGGACGCAGGGGUAUGCAUACUCCUGAACAUUUUGUGAAUCUAAGUUUGGCCUCACUGAGGGGCAGUAUUUCAAUAUGAGUAAGAAAAUGAGAGUACCCCUAAACAUUUUUUUUUAGAAAAAAGCACAUCUCACACUUCUUUGCUGUGACUUAUAUUUCAUUUUUCUUAAUCCUUAAUCCUUUAUUAUGAAUACCAUUUAUUUUCUUCGGUUUACCCAACAAUAGCUAUGGUUAAGUAUAGGGCAAAACAUCACAGAGCUCAAAAUAUAAAGUAAAAACAAAGUAUAGUAUAUCUUACUUAAAACUGUUACAUUAAUAAGCAUGUAUAUAUUCACCCCUACGUACUUAAACUAGGUGAUUAACUUUACUUUGUUACUGUUACCUUAAAAAUGUAUACACUGUUAGUUUUUAGUCACUCAAAAUUAUGUAUCAAACACAGUAGGAUUCCUGCCACUUUUAAAAGGAAAGCUAUGCAAACUUCAGUCCCAUCCCCACACCACCCCAAAUCCAAACCUAAAUCCAUUUCACUAUAAUAGUCUCUAUCAGUUAACACUUAGGAACUAGGGACUGAGGUCUAUACUUGCACUCUUCGGUCAGGUCCUUGAGUUCUUCCUCUAAGUUGACUCUUCAGUCUUCUCUCAGGACUUCUGCCAGAGUCCAUCAAUCCCUGUCACCUCAAGUUCUCAGCAAUCCUACUGAUGCUUGACAGCUGAACUCCCCUGAAGGCUACUGCUAGAGUCACAUGCCCUUCUCCACAAACCUAACAUCAGGUCUAGAUUAGUGGCAUUAGCUCCUGGCUUCUCUUUGGCUUCUUAAGCCCCUUGAUAUGCCCUGUCUGACCUCAACUUUCAGCUCUUCCAUCAACUGACCAACAGUCAGAGCCUAGCCUAGUCUGCUGUCUCACUGACUAGAGCCUGGCCUUUUAUUCGCUCCAGUCAGAGCCCACCCACCCCAUAGCCAAUCAUUUCAAUUUGAGUAGAAUUGUGUCCUCUCAUUGGCCUAUAACUGAUCCAAUAGGACGAAGCAGAAUGUCAGCAAACUCACCAGUUAGAGUCUACUGGAUUCUGAUGCCUUGGCUCCUUUUUAUAAAGACAGAAACCUCAUUCAUGUAAUCAUCUCUUGUUUGAAACAGUGCCAGCAUAGUAUCUCCACAGCUCCUGGUAGAAAUGCAUAGCCAUUAUGUUCUGUUACACUACUUUAAAAUGAAAACUCUACCUCAAACUCUGAUUUCUCUGUGCUGUCAAAUAAUCUUAGAAGAAUUUUGUGAAUGUAUGAUUAAAGGAGGGUAUCAUAAUAGCAUGUAGAGAAGGGCAACCUUGCAAAUAAGUCUGUAACUAUUUUGUACAUCAUCGACCCAGACUAGACCCAAACUAUCCACCUUCAAUACCUCCUUAUCACAAUUGAGCUUCAGUUUAUUGGCUUUCAUCACUGGGUCUAAGUGGCUUUUGAAUGCUCUACUGCAUUAAAAACCAAAACAAAACUCUGCAGCUGAAAACCUAGCACAGUAGGAAGCGGGCUGGAAUUGAUGGUUUCUACCUGAUACGCUUACAGAUAGUUUAGGGCAUAUGUGGGGGGAAAGAAAAAAGUUAUCCUCCACUCACAUUCUGAAGUUAUACAGUUUGUUGUACAAUUCAAAAUUUUACCAAUUGAUUCUGGGGCAUGUGAAGUGGUAUUAAAGGACUGGUGGAACCCCUUUCUUCCAGUUUAUAAAAGCAUUCCAACCAGUUCAUACGCAGAGAGGGGACAUAGCUUUCUGGUAGUAUGUAUUCCUUGCAUGCGGACGAUGCUAUGUUUCAUCUGCAACAUUUCCAGUUAAAAGUUGGCAGUGCUGAUUAAAACCUAUUGCCAACAACACUAGAGAACCAAUGUCAGUUAGCAGUAUGGGCUGACCGGCAUUAAACCUCCUGAGGCAGCUCAGUAAAUGCUAAUCACUGCCACAUCUUCCUCCUCCUACCCUUUCUUUAAGCGCUUUUGAGAUUUUGAGGCAAAAUGACCUCAAGAGAGCUCCAGAGGAAAGCCAUCGGCUGCUUAGCUGCAGCAGCAGACGCUGUCUAAAGUUGAAAACCCUUCCUCACAGUGAGUCAUUGGAGCAGCAGGAGAGGAAUUGAUGGGCAGUGGGUGACCCUGUGGUAGGCUGGGAACAAAAACAUGUUUUGUUGCUGUUCCUGAUCCACUACCUGACUGCUAGUCAAAAUAGGCAGCACUGGGGUAGACACACUAAUGGCCUGACUUGAUAUAAGUCAGCUUCAUGUGAGGCAAGUGGUUUACUACAUGCUUGAUGACGGAUAAAGUUUCAUAGGGCCAGGAAGAGGUUUUCUAAAUUGUAAGAUGUGUAGGCAUAAGAGUAGAGGUUUUACGCCAGUCAUACAGGGUUCUUCCUUCUCACAAUAGCUGUGUUCAGCCAUAAUGCUAAACAAUACCUUAGAGUUACAUGAACAACGUGAUUCAUCCCAUGCCACCCUCCUUCCCUUAUCUGGCACAGCCAUGAUAGAAGCUUUCACUUCCAUUUUAAACAAACUGUUGAUGGUCUUAACUAUAGCUCACAGAAACAAGCCAAUUCUAAAUCAAGGUGUAUGAUUGUUCCAAUAAAACCAUAAUUAAUAUUAAGCAGGGUUUAGGAUUUGGAUUUGACACUGACCUGCAGUUAAUUGAAAACAAAUGAAGGCAGCACUGGAGGGAGAAAAACACCAGCUGAGAUGUUGUUAAUGUAAUGCUAAAUUAUAAUUUAGUAUUACAUCCAAACCAGGUCAAUAUCAGGAAGACCCACCAGCAGAUUAGAUUUUGGAAAAUUGAUACAUCAGAUGGAUUUACAGAAGAACUGACUGCUACGCAAUAGUGCAUUCUACUCUUUUUCUGAUAGUUCUAGAUGUGCAAAGACUAAAGGUUUUGUUGUAUACCCCACGUUACAUGGGAACUUGUAUUCCUUGGAGUUUAUUUUCUUCUAACACCUUAAAAGUAUUCAAAUAUUAUGACAUUUUCAGCAGUUUUACUGUACUGUACGUUGGCCACAUUUAUUCAUAAAGGUUGUUGUUUAUUGCUAGACAAUGCAAGCUGUUAAUAAAAAGAUGGAUCCACAAAAGACAUUGCAAACUAUGCAGAACUUCCAGAAAGAAAACAUGAAAAUGGAAAUGACUGAAGAAAUGAGUAAGUUAUGCUUUUUCAUACAAUGAUUAAAACUGUUCCCUGCUUCCUUUUUGGGUUGGCAAGACCACCAAAUCAAGAUAAUAAUUGGUUCAUGAGCUUGUGUUUAACCUACAUUUGUUGAAAUUAUUAAUUGCAGGAACAUCCAUUUUCAUAGCCUUCCGUAUUACUUCGGUAUGGGCUACAUAGAGAAUAGAGGCAAGGAAACAUGAAAAUGGAUGGCCAGAAAUAGAGGGGCAAUGUUAAUGUCAUGGGAAGAGCCAUGUGGAACGCUAAAGCCUUGGCCUGCUCAGCCCAUUCAGAUUUCAGGACAUAUGACGCAUUACAUUGCUGAAGCAUUAACCAGUGCUGCUUUUUAAGUGGAAUUCCACACUUAAAAAGUGAACCACUAGGUGCAGAAUAUACAUACAUCAUGGGGGAUGUUGUCCCAGUUAUGCUAUCAAAACUGCAACCUUAAAAAUGAAACUGCUUUAAUAGCACAAAGAGCUGCUUUCCACAAACUAUUCCAUAGUCUUGUGUGAGGUAAAUCUUUCCAGCUGUGCUCUGCCUGAUCCAAUAUCAUAAUGUAGAUGUCCACCAUAUGUAAAAUAGGUAACUUGGUUUUUCACAUGGCUGAUUCUCUGGAAGCCAAAAUCCUUUGAGGAUAAUGGAAUGGGGAAACUGACAAUUCUUGGGUUGUUUUCGCCCCACCUUUAUGUUAGAAUAACACUGUGUGAAGUUGCUACGCUGCACUAGCAAUGGCUGCUAUUCCCAGCACCAUAACAAAGCCAUAUCUUGUUGCACCAUGACACUGUCUUAACUGGAUGCCUAACUGAGUACAAUGUGCAUACUAGUGAUGGCAUGCUGAUGCAAGUCUAUUGUGCCCCCUCGUAAGUGCUUAUCUGCCAGUAUAGAGAUUUUUUUAAAUGUUUGAUUCGGAUUCAAUUCAAACCCAUGGUUUAACCUACACAAGCUUAUGCUUUCAUUCUUCCCUCUUCAUGAUAUCUUCACUUACAAUAGAAGGCUGUGCUUUUACUUUAGAAGUUCAUCAAGAUCUGGAAACAGUGGCUGGUUCAAGCUAUGAUUGUUAAAAAGAAAUCAGGUUCAGAUCAUGGCUUUGAUGUCCUGAUUUGCUGACUAGGGUGUCUGCUGGUGAUGCUAAAUAUUGGGAAACAAGCCAAGGAUUGUGGAGGCCUGUUAACUUCCAUUAUUCCUGACAGUACACAGAUGGUUUUAUUACUAGUGCUAGGGCAGGUGAAGGGUUGGUGGGAUGGAAGGGAGCUUGGUGGGUUGCAGGAGAAUAGGGAACAUUAGUGAAAUUGUCACGAAUAGCCAAGCUAUUUUUUGACUUUGGGGGAAAUAGCUUGGCUUAUUUUGGGAGCAUUCAUGGUCAAACGAGCAUUAAAUCCCUAACUAAAAGCACAUUGGCUUUCAGAGCUAGCGUUGUAAAAUUAUCAAUUCUCCCCCCUAAUGGAUUUGCUUUUUGACUCUGUUUUUGUAUUGUAUAUGUUUAAAGUUGUAAGCUGCCUUGAGGGCCAAAAUCACUUUUAAACAGGGUGAGCUCCCAUUGCUCGGUCCCUGCUCCUGCCAACCUAGCAGUUCGAAAGCACGUCAAAGUGCAAGUAAAUAAAUAGGUACCGCUCCGGCAGGAAGGUAAACAGCGUUUCUGUGCACUGCUCUGGUUUGCCAGAAGCGGCCAGUAAAGCAAGAUGAGCGCCGCAACCCCAGAGUCGGUCAUGACUGGACCUAAUGGUCAGGGGUCCUCUUUACACUUAUAACAGUAUAAACCCACAUAUAUUAUUGCUUACAUUAUUUUAUUUCACUUUUCUUCAAAAUAAAGCUGUUAAUGUGUGCUGGGAUGUAAAAGUGGUAUGAAAGACCAAGGUAGCAAUUAUACUAUUACAGUUCUAAUGAAGCUUUUGUUUUCAUUUAUCUUUAAGUCAACGAUACCCUGGAUGAUAUUUUCAAUGAUUCUGAUGAAGAACAGGAAAGUCAGGAUAUUGUGAACCAAGUCCUGGAUGAAAUUGGUAUUGAAAUAUCUGGAAAGGUAUGAAGAAAUUAUCUCCCAUUGCUCUUGAAAAGUAAUCUGCCCCUGCCCUUACAUUUUUAUUGACUUUUGUAGUGCCUUCCUUUUUGUCUCUGUGUUCUAUCAUUUUGAUUACUGUGUCUCAUCUUGCUUGCCUAAAUGUAACUUUUCCUCAUUUUUCUUUCUAAUAGAUGGCCAAGGCUCCUUCAGCUGCCAGAGGCAUGCCAUCUGCAUCAGCAUCCCAAAGUGCCACAAUUUCUGAUGAAGAGAUUGAGCGGCAGCUCAAAGCCCUGGGAGUAGAUUAACCCCAUGGUGACGAGCAGCCUGCCUUCUGCAAUUGCUCCAGUGCUGGCAUGCACAUGAAUGUGCAAGACCAGUGUCAAUAAAAACCAAAUUCCUUUGCAAGAUCUUGCCCGAGCCAUCUUUGGUGACAAUGAAUUCUAGAAGCAGUUGGAACAAUUAGUUGGAAUCAGUUGAGACAGAACAUCACAACAUGCAAACAAUGCAAAAUGUGUAUACAUUUGACCAAAUUGGAUUCUGCUGUAAACAGGAGCAACCGUUACAUAUGAUCUAAAUUUGGAUUGGGUACAAUUAGCUUUUUCUCCAAAAAGCACCAACACUCCAUUUUUCAUUCAGGUUUCUAACCUUUCUGAGGCUAUUGCAAGCAGCCUUUCUGGAGGCAUUUCAUUUACGUAUCUGUUGCAAGCACGCCAAGAGACUUCUUAAUUUAUGGUAUUAAAUAAAACCUCACUUUUUCUUUCAUUUGGAAGGUGGCUGUUGUAUUCUUCAAGCAGAAGAUGUAUUUAAAAGUAUAGUGGGUUUUUCAUUAAGCGCCUUUCUAGGAAAUCAUUUUUGAUUCAGCCUUGUUUUAAAAUAUACAUUUCUAAUAUAGUCCCAAGAUUUUAGAACAAUACUGAUAUAUAAUUAUCUUCUUGGAAUCAAGGUUGUGGUCUAAUGAUAUGUUAUGCUAGGAAAAUGGUCUGUAAGGAACGUACUAAAUAACUUCCAUUGUACUGUAACACAGCUAACUUGAAGGAAUUCUGUGCCUUUGUGUACAUAGGGUGAGAUCUUCAUGCACUGAGGUUCCUCCUUCCUCUCCUCUCCCUGUAGCCUCCUGUGUGCCCCCAAAAUCUUCUCUGGGGUGCACAAGGGGGCUAGAGGGUGAAAAGAGAAGCAGGAAGUUCAGUUGCACAAGUGGAUUUCCAUUGCACAAGGAGGUGAACAUCAUUGGAUGUUGCCCAUCGUGUUUGGUUUAUUUUAAUUAAGCUUAGAAUUGUGGAAAUAAUGUAAUGUUAAAGCCAUUAUCUCAACUGACAUCGCACUGAAAGAGUUAUGUGAACUCAACUGCAACCGCUGCUACAAAGUAUGUAAUCUACUACCAACACCUGAAAUUACAUAUUUUUCAUUGAAUAGCAUUGUACAUAUUGCUAUGCAUUUUUUCAUUGAACAAGUGUUACCUUUGAAAAUAUACUUUAUUGUCCAUAUAGUAUGUUUGUUCUGUUUUAUAUCCAGUUGUUACACACUAAUUGGAAUUAUGUAUGCUUGACUAUUUAAAGGAAAUAGGUUCACUUGGUUAUAAAAUUGCGCCUAAUAUAGUAAAACAGUGGGUAACUUGAUGUAUUAUAGGGAACAUAAUUCACAUUGUGAAUUACUGCCAGUUGUGAAAGGGGAUUUCUGUUCCUGAACUUCUUCGUGGCCCUGGUACUAAUUGUGAGAAUGUAAAUUAACAAGAAAAUGUCUGCUGAUUGUUUAUGAAGAACAGAAAAAGAAAGUAAUUACUGUGACUAUCAGCUCACAAGAUACGCCAUAGGAAUAAGGCAACAGCAGCCUAGGUCUUCAUUUUAGUAUAGAAUUAUGAUUUUUCUGGUUAAACAUAGGAUCAAAGCAAUCAAGUACAUACACAAUUUGGUUUACAAUUUGGUUUUGUAAUUGCAUAAAAUAGACUCUAUGUGGCUACCUUCAGCAAGAUCUCCUUUUUAUGGAUUUUGUAAAAAUCAAAUAAAAGCUUUUAGCUCCUUGAGUGCCA